AUGCCAUUUAGUAAGAUGGAGGCCCGCCUCGACCAGCUGGCCGCCCUCCUGCCAGACAUCGGCACGCGGCUGGCGUCGCUGCGGCCGCAGCUCGUGGCGCCGCUCGUGAGGGACCUGGAGCAGCUGCCGGGCCGCAUGAUCGCGCUGCGAGAGCUGCUGCCCAGCGCCAACAUCAGCGCGGUCGUGGCGGCCGCGCCCCAGGUGCUGCUCAAGGGGGAGGACGAGCUGAGGGCGGCUGUGGCGGCGCUGAGGCGGCUGAUGGCCGUCGACGACCGCCAGGCCAGCUGGCUGGUGGGUGAGACGUGGCUGUUUUUGGAGCCGGACUGCGUCGAGGACGUGCUGGGCACGCUGGGGCGCCUCAUACCCGGCCGGCCCGCGCGGGAGCUGCUGCUGGACGACCCCACCUGGCUGCUGCGCGCGCAGCGGGGGCAGCGGUGGCUAGGAGAGCACCCGGAUCAGAUCUACUGGGACCCAUGA